AUCCGACGUUGUCCCGAGAACAUCCCUGGGAAUUCCGGUGCACAAUUCCCUGGGAUUUCCCGGAGUUCUUCCGAGGACUCUCUUGAUCCCGUCAUCGGUAAACGGUUUUGCCAACCUCCUGGUUCCGAUUGUCCGCGCGGAUCCAAUCGUUUAGGCGGCGCCGGGAUUGGGGUUCAUCUUCCGCUUGCCGCCGAUCAGGGUGAUGUUGGCGAAUCGUCGGGAGUGCUUGAGGCGCUUGAGAGAACGGCCUUUGGGGUCUGAGACUUGAUCUUGCCGGUAUGGGCGAGAGAUCCGUGGGCUUUACCCAUGGUGAUUGAUUGAGUUGGUGAUGGGGCUGCUGAGAGCAGCCCCCAAAGGGGAUGAGAAAUGGAGAGAGAGAGAGGAACUGGAUGCCAGACGGGCCACUAUUCUUAUGUAGUGGCUUCGACGGGAUUGUUGGGGAUCCCAUGCUUGCUUGGUGGGUGGCUUUCCCGUUAUUCCUUCCUGGUUUCUGCCGGUCCUCCUUCCUUACCUUCCAGCCUGGGGUGCUUUCUGGGCCGUCCUCGUCCUCGUUUCUGUGGUUGAGGUGCUGUCUGUUAAGGUCGACCUGGUCCUCGCUUCGUUGCGUCCCGAUCCUUCCUUGGCGCCAGUACGAUUUCCUUGCUUGCGUUGGAUACUGGUUCCGUGGGCCUCGUUUCCUCGGGGCUCCCCCCUCCGGCGGCGGGAAUGUCCGCAGGCCCUCCUGCGUCCCGUCGUGGAGCGUCUUUCAGUGCCUUGGUAUUGAUCUCCCGGCGAUGGAAUUCCGCUAUCUUGUCGGGCGCGGCAAUGUAUUUUUCCUUCACCCUCCGGGUUCUUGGAAAAGAUCUCCUGGACCUCUGCGGCGUAAGACUUCGGGAAAUCCGUAAUAAGUGCCCCGGGCAGAAAAGAAGGUAUAGUGCCCUUAAUAUAUUUAAGACGUAGGGAAUCAUUCAGGGACCCAGUAAGUAGACGAAAUAUUUUGCGCGAUACCGGACAAUAUAAAUACAGACAGUUCCAACAACUU